AUGGAGAUUGAAAGAGAUAAUCUUCGAAUGGAUGUUGUUCUACUUGUCCAUCCGAUUGGUGGAUUAAACCCUCCGGUAGAUGCCGACGUACAAAUCCAAGAAACUUUCCAGAGGAUCAGCAAUGUCGAGUCGCGGUUGACUAAAGUCUUAGAAAUAAUUAAAGAUAUAAUGAUCGAUCAACUCGAUGGCUCAGCUAGUGUCAGGAUCAAAUCGGAAUCUUGUGCUGGUUCUAGCUCGAAAGCAUGUAGGGAGAAACAAAGACGUGAUAGGCUAAAUGACAAGUUUACGGAAUUGAGUUCCAUCUUGGAACCUGGGAGAGCUCCAAAAACAGACAAGGUUGCUAUUAUCAGUGAUGCAAUUCGCAUGGUGAAUCAAGUUAGAGACGAAGCACAGAAAUUGAAGGACUUGAAUUCAAGCCUCCAGGAGAAAAUCAAGGAGUUGAAGGAUGAGAAACAGAAGCUGAAGGUUGAGAAAGAGAGAAUCGAGCAGCAGCUGAAGGCGAUUAAGACAUCUUUUGAUUCGAUGGCUCAGCUAGUGUCAGAUGUGAUCAAAGAACCAGGUUCAAGGAAGAGCUUGUAUCAUCCCUCGGACCACAGUUCUAUGCUAAUAUUUUCAGAUGCAAGCAACUCUCCGGAUUGGAGCUCAACAGAUGUUAAUAGCUACGCAAGCCAUUGAAGACGAUUCUUCUAUAAAUUCCUUCCCUUGAUAGACAGACUUCAAAUAGAAGCCAGAUAUAUUCCAGUAGCAGAAACGGAAGGCUGAAGCACUCCAUUAUUGAAGACUGGAACACCUAUGGAGUUUCAUUGCAUCUUGGAACUUAAUGUUAUCUUUACGCACCAUAGUCAUCUCCUAUGUAAACAAACAACACAGCCGAAAUCUCAACUUCAUCAUAUAUUUUAAAAUGAUAUUAAAUUUAUUAUUUAAAUCAUAAUUCGAAUUAGAUGGUACUUAUUUUCAUU